UAUCCUCCUAGCCCUAAGGCAGAAAGCCGUGUAGUCCCAUUAAAUUAUUAGACGUUAGAAAAAAUAAACUCUAAUUGCUAAAUAGUCAAUGACCAAUCAAGUAGUUUUACAAACUUAAUUUAUUUAAUAAUAAUUAUACACUAGAAUAUAAGUAUUAUUAAUAUAAAAUUAUAAGGCAAGGGGGUUGGCCGUAGGCAGUCCAUCCAACUCGUGACGUUACGCAAUCACGGCAAUGACAUAAUGUCAAUGAUAAUAUUAUUACUCAAUUAUUAAUUAAUAACUUAGGCCUAAUAUUACUUAAUACAAGUUAAUAGGGCAAAUAUUAAUACCAAAAUAUAAUUUACAUGAAAUAAUUUUACUAACAAGUUGCCUAAAUUUUAAGCCAGACCAGAAAUUGAGAGAAGGAUAGAUCUAGAAUAAUCUAGAUCUAUAUUGAUUUUAAAAAUUGCUUCAACUUCAAAUUAUCAUGUCUCAAAGUCUAAAAAAGAUACUAACAUUAGUAUUUGUUAGAGACAAUGGUAAAGUACUGCUUGGUUUAAAAAAAAGAGGUUUUGGCUGUGGUUUAUGGAAUGGCUUUGGAGGAAAAGUUGAAAGAGGAGAAACUAUAAUUGAAGGUGCUAAGAGAGAGCUACUUGAGGAAAGUGGAGUUGUGGCAGAUAUCCUUAACAAAGUAGGAUUAAUCACAUUUCAAUUUGAAAAUGAUCCAGUUUUAUUAGAAGUUCAUGUCUUUCAAACUUCAGAAUAUAAAGGAAGACCAAUAGAAACAGAAGAAAUGAAACCUCAGUGGUACCUAGAAAACUCUAUUCCUUUUAGCCAAAUGUGGCCAGAUGACAAGAUAUGGUUUCCUUACUUGCUGAAAGGAAAACAGUUUGAAGCAUUUUUUCUUUUUAGGGGAAUGGACUUAAUUUUAGACCAUUGGAUCAAAGAAAGGACAUUUCAUAAUAGUUCUAAUGAAAACUUGGUUAUUAAAGAAUAGUUUACUUUA